GGAAGCUUUGCGCAAAGACAAAAUUACAGUUUCAUCAUCUGAUAUCAUCACCACCGAUCAACAUCCACAUCCAGAGUCUAAAGUACGAUUCAUGAGUCGGCUGUUGCAGAAGGCGCCAUUAACAUCGGUGUUUCAAAGCUUGGUUGGAGCUCAUGGACGCUCCAGUAGCCGAGUGUUUGGGAUACUUCAGAACUAUGUGGGAGUGUCAUCUUGUAGAAAAUCAGUUUGUGGAUUUAGAGCUCUUUGCACUGGCAAAGAUUUGUCAAUAAAGAAGUGCGUCCCUUGCAACUCAAAGGAUCUGCGACCCAUGACUGAACAAGCAGCAAGUGAUUUAAUCACAAAGGUGGAUGGAUGGAAUUUGGUGAGUGAAGGUGAUGCAUUGAGACUGAAAAAGUCAUGGAAAGUUAAGACCUUCACAAAAGGACUGGAAAUGUUUAAGCUCAUAGCUGAUGUUGCAGAAGCAGAAGGUCAUCAUCCAGACCUUCAUCUUGUUGGAUGGAACAAUGUAACAGUAGAGAUAUGGACGCAUGCAGUCGGCGGAUUGACUGAGAACGACUUCAUUCUUGCUGCUAAGAUCAAUGCACUCAACAUGCAACAUCUGUUGAGGCGGAAAGCUACCAACUGAGCUGCCAGAAUCGGGUGAUAUGAUGCCAUGGGAAAACAUGCUUUUGGCUUUUUUCUUGGCAUCUUUGCCGUGAAAUGAAGCAUCUUAGGAAAUCUUAGUUCAGUGUGUUUUUUUUCUGUCUAGUGUGCCUGAAGCCAAUUACCAAGGCUUUUUUUUCCCUACUUUUUCGCUUUUUAGUUUUUUUAAUAAAUCAAAUUUCAUUCCAAGGGUAAAAUGUUGGCUCAAACUUGGGCCUGCCGGGCCCGACGUAUCUUCCUAAGCGCCAGUUUGGCACAUAAUCGAAUGACCCAGAGGGAAUUUUGCUAAAAA